AUGGACGAUACAAGCAGGGGCCAGCAACUGGGGCCCAAGGCCUUAGCGCCUUGGUUUGGGUUCCUAGUGCCUUCCCUUGCCUUGGGCAUCCCCUCCGGUGGGAAGAUGGAGGUCCCGGAGGAAGACGAACAUAAAUAUUUGUCUUCUCUCAAAAGUCCAAGCAAGAGACAGGAUUUAGACCUGCUCACCGAACCUGAAGAUAUCAAAUAUUUUCCGACACUUUGCGUAAUUGCUUCCAAAAUGGCAUAUAAGAAUAACCUGUUCAUAAAAGAUGUACUUCAGAAACAAUGGAUUAAUAUGAACCUCUUGGACGCGAAAGAUUUUUGGAAUG